AUGUGAACCUUUGUACAUCUAGGAAGGCAGCCAGAAAGCAGUGAAGCAACACAGAGAAGCAGAGGCAUUACAAAGCCUAUAGCCAUGAGCACUGCAGGGAAAGUCAUCAAAUGCAAAGCAGCUGUAGUCUGGGAACCGAAGAAACCAUUUAGCAUCGUGGAAAUAGAAGUGGCUCCACCAAAAGCACAUGAAGUUCGCAUUAAGAUGUUGGCUUCUGGCAUCUGCCAUUCAGAUGAGCAUGUCCUGUCUGGUGAUUUAAAGGUGAAUUUCCCCAUUAUUGUUGGUCAUGAAGGAGCUGGUGUUGUGGAAAGUGUUGGGGAAGGAGUUACCGGUAUGAAACCAGGAGACAAAGUCAUUCCUCUUGGUCUGCCACGUUGUGGGAAAUGCAGCACUUGCAGAAAUCCCAGAGGGAACUUGUGCAAAAGAAACGACAUCGUAGCACCUGUUGGCUUAAUGUAUGAUGGAACCUCCAGAUUCACUUAUGAAGGAAAGCCAAUUCACAAUUUUGCGGGCACCAGCACUUUCUCAGAAUACACUGUGGUCCAUGAGGAUUCUGUGGCCAAAGUUGAUGCUUCCGCUCCUCUUGAAAAAGUGUGUCUCAUUAGCUGUGGAUUUUCUACUGGCUACGGGGCUGCAAUAAAUUCUGCAAAGGUGCGGCCUGGGUCCACCUGUGCAGUCUUCGGCUUGGGAGGAGUUGGCCUCUCAGCGGUCAUGGGCUGUAAAGCGGCUGGGGCUUCCCGUAUCAUUGGAGUUGACAUCAACAAGGAUAAGUUUCCUAAGGCUAAAGAACUGGGAGCCACUGAGUGUGUCAACCCACUAGAUUAUAAGAAGCCCAUCAAUGAAGUGCUGCUUGACAUGACGGAUGGAGAAGGUGUCGAAUAUUCAUUUGAAGCGGUUGGGCGCCCGGAGACUUUGGUAGCAGCCUUGGCUUCUUGCCACAUGGACUAUGGAAUAAGCAUAAUUGUGGGAGUGCCUCCUUCUGUAUCUGAGAUUACUAUCUCCCCGGGAGUUAUCUUCACAGGCCGCACUUGGAAAGGAUCUAUUUUUGGAGGUUGGAAAAGUAAAGAUUCUCUUCCUAGGCUUGUUUCAGAUUUCAUGCAGAAAAAGUUUACUCUGGAUCCAUUAAUUACCCAUACGCUGCCUUUUGAAAAAAUCAAUGAAGGCUUUGACCUGCUCCGUGCAGGGAAAAGUAUCCGCACUGUUCUGAUAUUUUAACAUCGCUGCUGGGGAGCAAAACACAAGAUUUCUGCAGCUGAAUUUCACCAGAUCCAUCAAGUAUAAACUGAUAUAAGGACACCUGGGAAAAUGACUGAAUCCUGCUGUGUUGCCAGCUACGUUAUUAGCUUGUAGAUUUAUCCAAAGAUGAUAAUCUUCUUCUUGUGUAAUAGAAAUUGCAAGAAAUUGUUUGUAUGAUUCAAACAUCUAGUACUCCAGAGAUUAUAGAGACUGUAUACAGUGAAGCAACGUUAGUAAUAAUCAUAAUAAUCAUCAUAAUCAUAAUCAUAAAAGCAGUUGCAGAUCUCAGAACUCAGAGCUCCAAAAAA